AUAAAUUGUCAGCUGUUCUCAUUCGACCAGGACAUUAAGACAAAUAUGGCGUACUUGACACUCGGACUCUGUUUGUGUUUACUUGGGUUUACCGAGGCACUAGGCGGCCGUAGGGUAGGGGGUAUUUCUCAAAAUGCCCAACCCGUGGAUCAAGAGAUCAGGGAUCUAGUUGACAGAGUCAAAGGGGAUAUAGUGGCACAGCUUCCUCUCAAUGACGGGACGAUAUUUGAGCCUAUUUCCUACAAAACUCAGCUGGUAAAUGGAAUCAACUAUUUUGUCAAGAUCAAGAUUGGUGCUAACAGUUACAUCCACGUUAAAAUUUACAGCAACUUUAUGAAAACCGAGGUUUCUCUUACUGGUCUAGAACUGGGAAAGACUGCGGAGGAUGCAAUCAAUUAUAUCUAGUCCCAAUGUUAUUGAAUUCAGAGUCACAAAAUCUCUCUUUGACAAAGCAAAAUAUUUUAAGAAACACUUGCCAAUUAUAGAUAAAAAAUGUGUGUUAUUUCUCUAUUCUCUUGAAUACAUGUGAAAAAUCAAAACAAGAAAGAAAAAAGAACUAGUUGCAGGUAAUUUUGUAUAUAUUGGCAUAGAAAUCUUGACAUGGCUCAAAUUGAUCUAAAUAUUAAAGACAUUUAAAAAUGAAAUAAAUAUCAUGUUUGCUUAAAGAA